AUGUCACAUCAUCCAGCAAUACUAAUAAUCUCCAGUCUAGAUCCACUCAUUUGCAUAAAUGCUACUGAAUUUCGCGGAGAAAACGCUCAACAUAUGUUCACAGCUAAUAUACCAUCCCUUUCUUCCAUCAUCUCUUUUGAGCAGCCCCAGGCCCUCGAACAAGCUAAAAUGAACUUGAUUCAUCGGAGCGUUCUUAGGCGUCGUCUCUCCAGCCCAGCUGGAAAGUCCUGCGAUGUGUCGGUGUGCCACUCCGAGGCUGUAUGUCCGGACGAUAGGGCUGGUGCUCUGGUAACCAUACCAUCCGACAACACGACGAGCAAUUCGCACUUGGUUGCUGGUGCAGACACUGCUAUGGUUGGUCAGCCGUCACUUAUUCGACGUCGGUGUCUAAAACCGACUGAGAGGCCUCUCGGUGGCUCAGGUGUGGGCGCGAACCGAUCUCCUUCGGUCCGUGUAAAGUGGCUCCUACCGCUAAGGGGUGAACCAUCCCCUAGGCCGGCUAAAGGCCGCGAAGCUGCUGAGAAUACAAUCAAAAGAGGCCUAAGAGAACGUGGUAUGCAUAGUUUGUUUAUUCAUUGUAUGGAUUAUUUUAGUCACUCAAACCUUCCAGACCUGGUAGGGACAGUAUGA